UUGACUUUGACAUGCCCAACUCGACACACUCGCUUUAACGUUCACCUAUGCCCAACGAAUUUAAUAUCUAGACACCAGCACCAAAAGCCCAGCACUAUAAAAGACACGAUACCCCCGCAUCAUGAUUUGAUUGGGCGCGGAACCCCUCGACGCCGACGCCGCUACAAUGGACGACACACCUGCUCCCAAGCUCUCGGAGCUGCUACGGCAUCCCGACGAUCUAGACAAGAUACCCGCGCUCAAGUUAGAAUUCUCACGCAAAAAGGGCGCCGUAGAUGGCCAGCUCCGAAGCGGCCUUCGCGAGCAGCUUGAGACGACACAAUCGGGCAUGACGGGGCUGAGCGACGGCCAGAAGACGGUCCAGAUGAUCAAAGAGGAAAUGAUCAAGAUCGACAAGCUGUGCUCGGAGUCACAGAAUAUGAUAAAGGACUUUGCGAGCAUCAACCUCGUGUCACAAGCACACCGCAACUUUGGCGCCGUCGAGACCAUGCGUCGCAACCUCGAGACCUUCAACGAGCGCAUAUCGCGUGUCGAGUUGAUGCUUCGGGAAGAUGACGAGGACAGCGACAACAUGCCAAAUCUGCUGCCGUGCCACUACGAACUUACUCAAUUGAGAAAUAUCCGCGACGAUGCUAUGGAACAAAUACAACGCGCAGAGGACGAGAGUCUUGAAGCGACACUGGUGGACUACUUUUCGAGGCUAGACGACACGAUUGAUUGGUUUGAUGAGCAUGUUGGCAUCAUUGCUCUGAAUCUCAUUAAUCUCGUUGUGCAGGACAACAAUGGGCUUGUUGUGAGAUUCGCAGUGGUGAUGGAGGCCGAGGAGUCAAGCGACCAACGUGUACUAGCACUGCAGGAAGCUCUCAAAGAUCACAAAGAAAUGGCAACCCGUUUUCAGAGUAUCACAGACGGCGCCAAGAAGGUUCGUGGCUAUAAGGAGAAGUUCAUACAAGCUAUUCGACUCAGCGCAGAGCAACAAUUCGAAGGAGCAAAAGAAGAGUUCCUCGAAGAUCCGAGCAAGUUGGACAAGAUCAUGAAGUGGUAUUUCAACGAUCUAAACGUCGUCAAGGUUGGAAUGUCGCACCUUAUGCCAAAGAAGUGGAAUAUCGUAAAGACAUACGCUGGCGUAUAUCACCAGCUGAUGCACGAUUUCCUGGUCGGUAUGGUAGAUGGCAACGAGGCGUCGUCAGCACAUACCUUGGAAAUCGUGGGCUUCCCGGAGAAGUACUACAGAAAGAUGGUAAAGAUCGGUCUGAAGCAAGAAGAGCUUAUACCUCAUGUUAUCGACAACCGCGAGGCAGAGCUUGUUCGCGACUUUCGUGAGCUCAUCAUUAAAUUCCUUGAUGAGUGGAUUGACCGAAUAUUUGCACAAGAGAAGCGCGACCUGGCAGAGCGCAACGUCGAGGGCUCCAACUUGGAUCAGGACGAGUAUGGCUAUUUCAGAACCAAGAACUUUGUUGCCCUAUGGCGAAUGCUGCGUGAGCAAGUGGACACAGCUGCCAACUCCCAGCGCGCUGAUGUUGUUGAGGGUGUAAUCGACGCUAUGUUUGCCCGUCUACGCACUCGUCAGCAGUCGUGGCAGGCUAUGCUUGAAGAUGAGGCUAUCCCCUACGAGGAGGGUAAGAUUCCUGAACUCGAGGGUUUCCAGGCUCUUCAGGAUUGGCUCGUGGCUACAGCAAACGACCAGAUCGCCUGCAUCGACGACAACGAGGACGAGAACCGUCUUGCAUACCUCUCAAGCUUCCGUCGUCUUGUGGAGCAGCAUGUUACACCCGCGUACCUUGAACGUAUUGAGAGUGAAGUUAAUACGCUGCGUGACGGCUACGUCGACUUCAGCACAUGGUGUAUCAACCGCUUCGCUCAACUUAUAUUCUCUGUCGAUUUUGGUACCGUCAUGCCUGACUUCUUUACGCCUCGAUGGUACACAACUACUGCUAUGAAGCAGAUGGUGGUGACGUUCGAGGAGUACGUUAACGACUACCGCCAUGUAUUGCACCAUUCACUGGUCGAUAUUUUCGUUGAGAUCUUUGCUGAGGAGCUACUUGUUCGCUACUUAUCCGCUGUGCGCAACAAGGGCGCAAAGUUCCGUCGUACCGACCCAUUUCAGGACAAGCUGUUCAACGAUAUCUCCACAGCUUUCGAGUGCUUCAGCACACUCCCUUCACCUGACAUUGGUGCCUCUAUCAAGGAGACCUGGCGUGUUACAGAACACUUCUUGCGUCUGUUGACAGCUGACCGCGAUGCCAUCGUGGACGCUUACGUGACGUUCAAGAUGGCUUAUUGGGACCUGAAUGUGCAGUGGGUUGAGGCUGUGUUGAAGUCAAGAGAUGACUUUGAGAGGUCUUGGAUCGGCGCGGUUAAGAAGGAGGCUGCCAAUAUUGAUAGUGGGCGUGGACCAGAGACUAUUAUGAGCAGGGUCAAGUAACCGAGGACGAGUCAUGAUUUGCGUUUAAAUGGGAAAAGGUAGAUGGUUAUUGCAAUUGUGUAUGAUGGGCAUCAUUUCAUGCCCUGUUAGCGACAAUGUUAUUUACGCUUGUUUGAAUGACUCAUUAUUUUAACUUGUUGGUGUCUGCUCUAUCUGCAUCAUUAUAUCGGCGACACGAAACUGCAUCUCUACAGCUGCAAUCUCAAAGUAUGCAACAUGAAAGACGAAAUCAAUACAGGCUUAAGCAAACA